AUGGCGAGUGAAGACGAUGAGAAAGAGAGGCUCCUGCCCAAAAUAGGCACAACUACAUCAGUAAUCUGGAACUGGUACCGCUUUGCUGAAACAGAUGAAAAGCAAACACCGCUUUGCAAAGUGUGUCUGAAACCAGUUGUCGUUACCUGCAGCAGCACGACAAAUCUGUUUCAACACUUGAAACGAAAACAUCCCGCCGAAUGGGAGAAAUGCUGCGUUCUACGGAAAGAAAGCAUUCCUAGCCGUACUUCCACUGCUAAGUCAACAUCUGCCAAACAAUCCACUCUACCGCAAAGCUUUUCAAGCUGUGUCCCGUACGAGAAGAGUGGGGCAAGAUGGAAAGCUAUUACGGAUGCAAUUACAUACUUCAUAGCCACCGACAUGCUUCCGAUUUAUUCAGUAGAGAAGAGGGGGUUUCAGCAUAUGCUAAAGGUUCUGGAUGCUCGGUACAACGUUCCUAGCCGCAAGUACUUUUCGGGUGUUGCGCUUCCUCAACUGUACAAUCUUACUCGACAGAAGGAUCAUACAGGCGAAAGCAUAGCUCUCGAGUUAAAAGACGCACUCAGCAGCUGGAGCCUUCCCGAGGAGCGACUGACCUGCAUCACAACCGACAGCGGCUCCAACGUAAUUAAAGCCAUGAAAGACAACAACUGGCCUAACCUGAAAUGCUUUGGGCAUCGACUCCAUAAUGCCAUAGUGAAUGGUGUUAAAGAUGAUAAAACAGAUCGUGCCCUAGGACUGUGCCGAAAGGCAGUUUCUGCCUUUUCGUACAGUUGGAAGAAACGAAGGGACAUGGCUGAACUGCAAACUGAGCUUGGCCUUCCUCCUCAUCAGCUGAUAACAGAGUCCCCAACCAGAUGGGGUUCGCGUCAAAAAAUGAUAGAACGCUUUUUGGAACAAGAGAAGGCCAUAACCCGCAUACUAGCGGGUGACAAGAAAACACGCCAUCUCAUUCCAACGUGGCAGGAUCUUGAGGUGCUAGAAGCCAUAAACAAAGCCAUACAGCCCCUCCAAGAAUUCACAGAUGCGUUAUCAGGGGAGUCAUAUGUGAGUGUGUCCUGUAUCAAACCCGUACUACAUCUCUUCCGAACCAACCUCCUGCAGGCACAAGAGGGUGACCUACCCCUCACCACUACAAUCAAGAGGAACAUUCUCAGCUACUUGGAAGACAAGUACAGCGAUCCAGAGAAUGAUGAACUCUUAGACAUGGCAUCAAUGAUGGACCCAAGAUUCCGCACCACCUACAUCACCCCUGGAAAAUUGGACAAAAUCAAGGAGCGCGCCAUAAAUGAGCUUGCGGAUCUUUGCCUGGAUGAGCGCCCUACUGAGCAACCGCUGGAGAAGAGCUCCCCAAAGAAAAAAAAAAAAAUUUAG